UGCAAAAAACCAUAAACAAUAUUUUUAUAUAAAUUAUCAAAGUCUAAAGAAAAACUGGUUAAUACUGAUUGCAUAUCGGGCAAAAAUUUUUCCUAUACUAUAUUUAUACUAUAUUGCAAGCGAAAAAAAAAAACACGUCAACACAUACGUCACAGAAAGCGUCAAUUGAAUUUAUAUCGGUCACACUUACACACACACGCAGAUAAAAUAGCAAUUUGUCAAAAAAAAGUGAUUAGAAAGUUUUAUGAAAGCAACACAGAAAUGUGGAGGAGUGUCUAAAGACGCUGAUAAGACAAUAUAGCAAAUAUUGUAAAUUUUAUGAUGGCUUCUUAAAUUUUACAGUGAGUGAACGUAAAAAACACUAAUAUUUCAUAAGAAAUAAAAAAAUGUUGCUUAACGUCAAAACGUGUAUACCGCCUUAAUGCAACAUUUAAUGUUACUCAUUGAAGAUCACACUUUGACGUCAUACGAAAAGUUUUUGAUUAAUCUUAUUUCUAGUUAAGAAGUAAAUGACGCCAAAGCCAAUUACAGAUUUACGCAUUCAAUGAACCAUGAUGAGUAGUUCAACCUGCAAAGAUGAUAAUUUAAAAUUAAAUGUGAAACCAAAAAAGUGUCCACGAUAUUACGAUCUCAAUAUCCGUGCAAAUAAGAGAGCUAAAACGUACGUCACGUCAAUUAAGUCGAAUAUAAUAACAGCAGUAGCAGCAGCAGCAACAACAACAACAACCACAACAGCAAUAACAGCAACAACAGUAGCACCAAUUACAGCAACAGCAACAGUAACAGCAACAACUAUAGCAACGUCGACAGCAAUAACUGUAGCACCAAUAUUGACAACAAAGUGGAAUAACCUAAACAGUAUGAGCCCUAAAGACACCGAUUCACAUGUUAUAUUGGGGAAUCCAGGCAAAUUAGUAAACUCAACUGUUAUAAUAGCUACUGCUACUACGGCAGCAAUAAAUCCAAUUGCAACAAUAACAGUCACUACACCAACAAUUACAUCAACAACAAUAGAAGAUAUAACGACCUUACCGACCAUAGAAUGCAUGUCUACAAAACACUCUAAAAUUGAGACUGCAACAAUGCCAAAGGCGUCAAUUACAAUGCAUAAUCUAAUCGGGAAAAUGAUAAAUGACGUAAGCAAAUAUGAGAGCAACAAUCCAAUCAGACAACAGGCAACAGUAACAGCACCAAGCACAACAAGUACAAUAGUAAUACCAGCAACAACAGCAACAACUACAACAACAACAGCGACAACAGCAGCAACAACGAGAGAAAUAUUAUCUAAAGCAAUCAAUGUUGGCAGCUGUGUUGAUGGUGGAAUUCUGCCCGUUGAUAUAUGUGAAUUUCCAACUUCCACUCUAACAGCAGCAAUUGACGAUAGCAAAAUAGCAAAUAGAAAUUUGAAGAUUGUAGAAGCAUUAGAGAGAACGAGUACCGUACAACCGCCGGCAAGCUUAGAAGCUAAAAUUGAGGGAGACAUAACAUUGUUGCCUUCGUCGCUGUCGUUAUUAACGUUGUCAUCGUCGUCAUCGCGGUCGUCGCGGUCGUCGUCGCCGUCGUUAUCGUUGCCGUUGCCGUUGUCGUCGAAACAUGUAAAUAAAUUAAUACCAAGCCGAAUAACAACAACAGCAACAGCAACAGCAACAACAAUUACACCAGCAACAGAAACACCAACAACAACAACAAAUACAACAGCACUUUAUUGUCUUGAACAAUCAGUGCUAGCACGAACAUUGCCGACGCUUGCAAUAACCAAAUCAAAAUCAACCGAAAAUAAAUGCCCGUCAGAAGUGCUGACAAAAGUUAGUAAUCAAAAAGAACUUGGAGCGUGCAGUACAAAUUUAUAUUUGCCGUACGAUAAUUUAUCUGCUGAGUAUACAAUACACAAGCAGUUAAUAUCACCAACAACAACAUUAUCAACACAUCGAUGUGAACUACUGGAAUCAGGAGCGAUCCCUAAAGGAUUACAAUCUACAAGCAACGCAGUGAUAAAAGAUACCAGUAUUUUUAGCAACAGAUCUAUAAGUUUAGCCGAUAAGAAAGCAAAAUUAAAAUCAGAUUUUUUUAGUGAAUUCAAUUCAAAUAAACAUUUAAAAAACUCUACGGGUUACCCCUUUACGGAAUCAUCGCAGGGUAUUACCAUACAUAUAAAUUUACCAAGCGCAAGCCCAAGCCCAAGUUUAAGCAAAAGGCGUAAUAUACAAAAUUUACAAUUAAAAAUAUCUAAAACUGAUCAAAAUAAUACGCAGAUAGAAAAUUAUUUUGCAACUUCCCCAACGCAACUAACUACAACAGCAGCAACAACAACAACAACAACAGUAUUACCGUGUAUAGAAGUGCAUGUUAUUGAUACAACAAAUACAACGGAUAUUAUAAACGAGCACUCAUCUUUGGUAGCUCAGCGUAAAUUGGACUUAGAGUGCAAAUUUAGACAACAAAUUAGUAUAAAGGCUUCAACUGCCAAAACUACAGUAACUUCCAAUCGUAAUCUCUUUCCAAGUGUUGAACAAUUAUUACAAAAGUUUGGUACCAGAGGCAGCAUUAAGAUGAUUGUAAAUCCAAAUCAAUUAACCCCAACUAAUGAUAACAAUAUGUUAUCACUAAAAUCAGAUGCAUAUGAGCAAAGACACAGUCCAUUAUCGGAUGAAGGUUGUAAUUUAGGCCAGAGUCCAUAUUCAUCAGAUAAUGAGGAUAACGAAUCAAUUCGUACCACAUCUACUACAAUUGAACGCUCUAAGCGAAAAGAUAAGGUAGCACGUUCAGCAAGCAGUGAUUCAGCUUUAGGUUUAGAUGUUGAUGAUCCUAUGGAUGCCAACGUACCUGCUGCACUACCACCAGCAGAACAAACACAAAAGCGACGUAUGACACUUACUGUAACAGAUUUACCGUUAAGGCCAGCUUUAUUACCUUUGGCAGAGCCUACCACAUUACCGGAUUCACCUACAACGGAGCUGCAACAUUCACUACAGAAUGUACUCGAUAAAACAACAGUACCCAGUAAGGUGUUGUUAGAAGAACGCGUUGUAGAAAUACCUGAAGAUCCUCGUUCACUUGGUUGUUCUCUCUCCAGCUCUCGACGUGAGUCCGCACAAAGUUGUAUAAGCGAUUAUCCAACAAGUGAAAUGGGUGGUGUGCGUUUUGUGCGUACACCUUCUGUUGUCGUUUCUGAUUAUUCUGAUGAUGUUAUGAUCGGCAUCACAUUGGAAGAAAUUGAGUACUUUCGCGCACAUCGCAUGCGACGUCGUCGUUCCUCACUCGAAACCGCCGGCAACGAAAAGGAUGCGGAUGCCAACUCCGAUGUAAGUGCAUCUUCAUCAUGUAGCAAUUUAUAUUAUUGUGGUUCAACAAUUUCUGCACUGGAUGGUGCAGAAUGUUAUGUUAACGGUAUACGUAUGCCAUUAGAACGUAAGAUAAGUGAUUGUUCCACGUGUUCGGCAAGUGGCGGCGAAGAUGACACUUCAUUUACUAUACCAGAACAACCAGAAGAAGAUAAUAUACAACAAAAAGAGAAGGAUUUAGCUGACAUGUUGGCAGCUCAGCAUUUGGGUCCGAAACGUCAAAAAAAGUUUUAAAUACUAUAUGCACUCUAAUACAUGUUUCAUUGAUGACAUCAAUAUAUAUUUGUUAUCAGUAUCCACUUAACGUUUUAACAUUUUCCUUAAUUUUUACAUGAAAUUUUAAGUGUACUUGAGUUGGAUUAAAGUGUACUUAAAGUAAAGUUUUUUUUUUAUAUGAAUGAAAUCCAUAUUAGCAUAGGAAGUGAAGUACUUCACUAGUAGUGAUGCAGAUAUGACAGAUAUGAUAUGAAUGAUAUGUUUAAAUAUUUAAAUAAACUUUUAUACAAAUAGUUA